AUGUCCUUUACAAACACUGCCGCAGCUGAUCAAGUAAACGAGAACUUCUUUGAGUCGAUACAACUCGAUCUGACCUAUCAUCAGCCCGUUUCAUCCAGUCCACCGAGCGUUCUCAUCUUCAACGUUGGACGGAGCAGCCCAAGGCAGCUCAACGAUGGUCCAGUAGGCGACACAAGCCUCUUGCAGUCCUUCAUCAACGCGUUGCAAAGCAUCAAGGCCAAGGGAUACGUCGUUCAAGGAGCAAUGUACGGUCCGGAUGGAGCGAAUAUCUUCAUUGACACCGACGAUGAGGAUUGGGAUGCUCAUAUUAGCAUUCACUGA